AUGGCUUCAGAUCAUCAGGAUCACCAGCCUACCCUCCAUACCCCAAAUUUUGAUCAGGAGAAUGGAUCGACCGGAGGAGCGAAAGGAGAAAACGGUGAAUGGGAGAAGGCCUCCACGAUCGGAGGCGAUGGCGAUGUACCUGCCAACAAGCCUGAAGAAAAUGGGCCGGAAGCAACACAUGUCGGGACUACCCUCUCGGAAAAGGAGCAACAAGAUCUUGGGCCUGAACCCGAGAAUUUCGAUAAGAUCGAAAUAACCGAAGAUGACUGCAUGGACGAGCUCGGCUACUCGUGGCCCGAGUGGAAGAAAUGGACUGUGUUGACUGUCAUCUUCCUUGUCCAGCUUUCCAUGAAUUUCAACACCUCGCUAUAUUCGAACGGUCUGAAGGGUAUCUCGGAGGAGUACGGUGUUAGCGCCCAGGCCGCCCGCUGCGGUGCUAUGAUUUUCUUGGUCCUCUACGCUUUUGGAUGUGAACUUUGGGCCCCAUGGAGUGAGGAAUUCGGUCGCUGGCCCAUCCUUCAGCUUUCCCUUACUCUCGUCAACAUCUGGCAACUUCCUGUCGCUCUUGCACCUAAUUUCGCGUCUCUGAUGGUCGGAAGAGCUCUUGGUGGCCUCAGCUCCGCUGGCGGCUCAGUCACCCUAGGAAUGAUUGCUGAUCUCUGGGAUGCGGAUAACCAGCAAUAUGCUGUGGCUUAUGUGGUCUUCUCAUCUGUCUUCGGAUCAGUGCUGGGUCCUAUCAUUGGUGGAUUUGUUGAACAGUACCUUGCAUGGAGAUGGGCUAUUUGGAUCCAGUUGAUCUUUGGCGGCUUCGUACAAGCUGCACAUUUUUUCUUGGUUCCAGAGACCCGAUCGACGGUUCUCAUGGACCGAAUUGCAAAGAAGAGACGCAAGGCUACUGGUGAAAACAUCUGGGGACCUAACGAGUUGGAACCUUUCAGAGAUCGUUUCUCUGUUCGAGAAGUUCUCAUUACCUGGAUGCGCCCCUUCAAGAUGUUCUUGACUGAGCCCAUCGUCCUCACGCUCUCGCUCCUCAGUGGUUUCUCGGACGCUCUGAUCUUCAUGUUCAUUCAAUCAUUCUCCUUGGUAUAUGGACAAUGGAACUUUUCAGCUUGGGCCACUGGUCUUGCUUUCUUGCCACUCGGCAUUGGGUAUCUCUUGGCUUGGAUCUCAUUCAUCCCUGCGAUUAAGAGGAAUAUCAAGGAGCGAGAGCGAAACCCUGGCGACGAAAAGGCACAGUACGAGUCUCGACUGUGGUGGCUUCUAUAUACAGCUCCCACCCUUCCAAUCGGUCUUUUCGGCUUUGCUUGGACUAUCCAGGGUCCUCCCAUCCACUGGAUCGGCUCCAUGAUUUUCUCAGCCAUCGUUGGUAUCGCCAACUACUCAAUCUAUAUGGCAACAAUCGACUAUAUGAUUUGCGCAUAUGGCCCUUAUUCGGCUUCGGCUACUGGUGGCAACGGCUGGUCCAGAGAUUUCCUUGCUGGUGUUCUCACCAUUCCGGCAACACCUUUCUUCGAGAAUAUUGGUGGUCGUUAUCACCUCGACUACGCCGUCACUAUUCUUGCCUGUAUUGCUACUCUCCUUGUUGUUGCGGUCUACGCCAUCUACUGGUGGGGACCAGUAUUGCGAAAGAGAUCGCCCUUCGCUCAGUCGCUUGCCGAAGCUCGCGCAGAUAACGACGGUCGCCGCCUCUCUUAUUUGCCGUCCCAGUCCGGGACUUCGGGUUCAAGGCGCGCCUCACGUGCCAGCAUCGACGCCUCCCGAGCACUCAACUCCCGCAGGCAAAGCCAGGCAAGUUUCGCUAGACAAAGCAUGCCUCCAAGAAUGGGAUCAGGUAUGGUCAGAUAA